AUGGACAAAAGUUGGAUGAACGAGGCCGAUAGACUUUUAUUGCCUAUAUAUGCCGAAGGGGUUAAAAAUUUCCUCACACAAGCACGAAGGCAUGCUUGCGGACGGGAUCGCAUUCGGUGUCCAUGCCAUACAUGCCUUAACAAUCUGUGGCUACCAACAAAUGAGGUGGAAUCCUAUUUGUUUAUCAAAGGGAUCAAUCUAAAUUACACAGAGUGGAUAUUUCAUGGGGAGGAGGAGACAACAUUGAACGUCAGUGAUGAUGAUGUUGGUGACGACGUUUUACCAGAAGAUGAUUAUAUCGAUGACAUGCAGCAUAUGUUGGAUGACAUCCGGUCAGGCACCUUUGUUCAUGUGCCUGAAGACAACACUACUACACCAAAUAGGUCACCAAUACCCAAAGAUUCACCUUCAACUACUUUUGAAAAGCUACUGGAGGAUGCCCGACGUCCUCUUUUUGAAGGAUGUACUGAAUUUACAAAGUUGUCAUUCAUUGUCAAGUUAUUACAUAUCAAAUCAAUCGGUGGAUGGUCAAUUAAGUCAUUUGACAUGCUUCUUGAUCUGUUGCGAUCUUCCUUUCCUGAUGUGCUUUUGCCACAAUCAUAUGAGGAGUCAAAGUCUUUGGAGCGCGGGUUGGGAUUCAAUUACAACAAAAUCCAUGCAUGCCCCAAUGACUGCAUUUUAUUCUGGAAGGAAAAUGCCGCUCUUAAUGAAUGCCCUGUAUGUAAGGCUUCGAGGUGGAUUCCAAAUAUGCAUGGAUCACGCAUUAUACCUCAAAAAGUGUUGCGCCAUUUUUCAUUGAAAUCGAGAUUGCAGCGUCUCUUUAUGUCUACAAAGAUAGCAGAUCCUCGCAAUGUUAGGCUCAGACUAGCAAGUGACGGCUUCACUCCGUUCAACAACUUGGCUAAACCUCAUAGCAUUUGGCCUGUGAUCCUUGUCCCGUAUAACUUGCCACCGUGGUCAUGCAUGAAAGACCAAUUUUUUAUAACAUCUUUGAUUAUUCCAGGCCCAAGGUCACCGGGGAAUGAUAUCGAUGUUUACUUGCAGCCGUUGGUUGAUGAAUUGCUUGGAUUUUGGGAAAAUGGGGUACCUACCUAUGAUGCCUCAACUAAGGAGACAUUUAGGUUGCAUGCUGCAUUGUUGUGGACAAUCAAUGACUCUCCUGCCUACGGGAAUCUUUCCGGCUGGUCAACAAAGGGGAAAUUAGCUUGUCCAACUUAUCACAUGUGGAGAAGGAGAAAAUGGUUGUUUAAUGGUAAAGAAGAUCAUCACAUGCCACCAAGGGAUAUAGGAGGAUACGAUAUUCUAACUCAAUUGCAGAUGAUUGAGGAUGUGAUGUUUGGAAAAUGUCGUAGGAAGAGAAAAUGUACUGCUGAAGAGCUGAAUUGGACAAAAUCCAGCAUAUUCUUCACAUUACCUUAUUGGUCAACACUUCGACUUUGA